AUGAGAGUGGUCACCGAGAAGCUGAAACACAGGGCAAAACAUUUCCUUCGUACGUUAGGCGCAUGCGGAUCCGGUCCCCCGAGCCACGCCAAAAAGAUGGAAGGGCAAACAAAACAUAACCUCCAGGAGCGGCGAAAAGCGCGCUCGCUGGUCAAAUCCGUCGUGAAUGUCGCGCACAAGUUCAUCGUCCUGAUCGUGCGGUGGCUGUCACGCACAAUUUACGGCGAGCACGGUAAACGGAUGCCACCGAUCACGAACCUCAUACUGAUGGAAUCGGCCACCUCACUGGCGGCGAAGAUCCGCACACGCAAGCUUACGAGCGUGGAAGUAACGCAAGCAUUCAUCGAUCGGUGUAAUGAGGUUAACCCGCUACUGAACUGCGUCGUCGACCAGCGGUUCGAGGAAGCGUUGCGUGAUGCCGAACGGGCGGACAAGCUGGUCGCCUCCGGUACGAUGACCGUCGAGCAGCUUGAGCGCGAGCAACCGUUUCUCGGUGUUCCGAUAUCCACGAAAGAUUGCAUACGGGUGCAGGGCCUACUGCACACUUCAGGCAUAUGGAACCGACGUAACAUACGCGGUGAGAAAGACGCUCGCGCGAUGGAGCUGAUGCGCCGCGCAGGUGCAAUACCCUUUGCUUUGACCAAUAUUUCCGAGUGCUGCAUGUGGUGGGAAAGCGUCAACACCAUCCACGGUCGUUCCAGAAACCCUUACGAUGCGAAUCGUAUCGUCGGUGGUUCGAGUGGUGGUGAAGGAUGCAUCCAGGCGGCAGCUGCCUCUCCGUUUGGGCUCGGUUCCGACAUCGGUGGGUCGAUCCGAAUGCCGGCCUUUUUCAACGGAAUAUUUGGCCAUAAACCAUCGAAAUUCGUCGUGUCGAACGAUGGGCAGUACCCGGUGGCAUUAUCCGAGGAACAAAAUUCUUUUCUAGGUAUCGGACCAAUGUCCCGCUAUGCGACGGAUCUGAAACCGAUGCUGCGGGUUAUGUCGGACGAGAACGCAAGCAAACUGCGCCUAGAUGAGCCGGUCGAUCUGAAGCAGGUGAAGUUCUUCUAUCAAAUCAACGACGGUGGCGCACAUCUCGUUUCACCCGUCGACUUGGAUAUUCGCGACGGGAUGGAAAAGGUGAUGGCCCAUUUCCGCGCCACUGUGAAGGCGGAAGUGAAAAAAGUGUACUUGGACAAGCUCCGCCAGUCGGCCCCGAUGUGGUUCGCCAAUAUGAAAACCCCGGCGAAGGUUGGCUUUGACUCGCAGCUGGUAAACCUCGAAGGGGCGAUAAAUCCAUGGCUGGAGUUGGCCAAGUGGCCUAUGCGGAUGUCUAACCACACGUUGAUUGGAAUUUUAACGGCGAUGACCGAACGAGGCGGCGUGCAGUAUGACACCGAGGAGUAUCAUUACUACGUGCGCCAGAAGCAGGAGCUGGUGAACGAGUUCCGCGAUAUGCUCGGCGAGAACGGUGUGUUCAUCUACCCGACGCAUCCGACGGUUGCACCGUACCAUAAUGAGCCUCUGGUUCGAGCUCUCAACUUCAGCUACACCGCUGUCAUCAAUGUGCUGGGAUUGCCGGCUACAGCUGUGCCGUUAGGAUUGGGCCGUGAGGGUUUGCCGAUUGGAUUGCAGGUGGUGGCCGGUGUGAACCAGGAUCGCCUGUGCCUUGCUGUGGCCUGUGAGCUAGAACGUGCCUUUGGUGGGUGGGUCGCACCGGAGGUGAAAGCCUAGAUGCCUAGACUGGGGAACAGUAGACUGUUUACUUGCAAUGGACAGACUGGAGAAGCGGCUCGAUGCUGGAGAUUUGCUAAAUUCGCGAACAAACACGUUGGUUGUUCCAAUUAAAACGAACAAGGAUAUAGAUGUAUUUUUCUCGUUUUUGUUUUUGAUUGAAAUAUACUAAAGGAUAUUUUAUGUAUGGGAUUAAAAUAAAACGUACAACAGAAAAUGUGCAGU